ACCAACGCACACGUUCUUCUUCACACCAGUUUUAAGCGACCUAUCAAACCGACUGUUUCUUUCAUUUCAAAUGGCUCCCUCCGUGAAAUUGGCUUACUUCCCUCUUCGAGGACGAGCUGAGCUCAUCAGGCUCAUUUUGGAGGCUAAAGGGAUCUCCUAUCAGGAGGAACUCGUUGCCAGCGACAAAUGGGGACCCAAGAAAGAUUCUAUGCCUUUCCGGUCUCUACCCGUACUGCAUUGGGACGGGGAAGUAAUUGGACAAUCCUUGACGAUUGCACGAUUUGUUGCCAAAAAAGCUGGUCUGGCUGGGAAUACUGAUAUCGAACAAGCUCGAGCGGAUGCAAUUGUCGACGCAGUGUCCGAUAUCGCCCCAAAGCUCUUUGAAAUCAAGAAUAAAGAUGAAUCUUCGAAACCCGCAGCCGUUCAGGGUUUCGUUGACAACAACUUGACAACAAUUCUGAGUAUCAGCGAGAAUCUCUUGAAGAACCGGGGUGGGAAGUUCAUCACAGGCAACAAACUGAGCUACGGCGAUAUCGCUAUCUUCAAUCUGAUUGACCUUUUUUUAACCAAAGAGGUCAUGACUGGUUUUGGAUUUGGACACGUUUUAGAAGCGAUCAACAAAUUGAUCAAGAACCAUCCUUUGACUUAUGGGGUGUACAAUACUGUGAAGAAUCAACCCAAGAUUGCUGAAUAUCUCACGAAACGGCCCAGCUAUCCAUUCUAAAUGUUGCAAAGAAUGAAUACAAACAAUAUGAAUAGA